CACAAAGGAAGAAUAUACGUUCCUCCAGAUGAUAAACUUAAAAGACGAAUCACGAAAAUGUACCAUGAUUCGCCUGCAACGGGACACCCAGGACGAUGGAAGACCUACAUCCUGAUAUCAGACAAUUUCUGGUGGCCAGGAAUGUCCACAUUUAUAAAGGAAUAUGUAACAGGAUGUGCAAUAUGUCAAAACACAAAAAACAUCACACAUCCCACACGCUCUCCACUAAUUCCAAACGAAAUACCAGAAGGACCCUGGCAAACGGUUACGAUGGACUUCAUUACCGAUCCUCCCCAAGUCGGACCAUAUAAUGCCAUCCACGUAACAGUAGACAGAAGCACCAAAGGCGUUGUCUACACCCCAUGCAACAAAACUAUAGACGCCGAAGGAACGACCGACCUCUAUAUGAAAAACGUCUGA